UUCCCAUGGUGAUAUACAACUUGCGUGCUGUUACCCCCAUGUAAACUCUCAAGAGACAAUGUAUGGGAGGGUUAGAAUUUUCCCCCCUUUCUUUAUUCAGAGAGGUUUUAAAUCUGGGAAAUUCAAUUUCAAGAAAAGAGGGAGCUUAAUCUUUUGAGAAAAGACAGGAAAUAAUGAAGCUCGAAAAAGUUGCAAUAUUAUUUGGAAUAUUUGCUGUAGUUCACCUGUCUGCAGCUGCUGAAAGAGAAAAAGUUGACGGGCAGUGGACUGAGUGGAGUAUCUUGUCAGAUUCAGAUUGUUCAGAGCCAUGCGGAGGCGGCGAGCAGACUAAAGUGCGCACGUGCACCAAUCCAAAGCCACAGAACGGAGGUAAAGAUUGCGAAGGUCCGGAUCAUGCCUCUGUCAAAUGCAACGAAGAAUCGUGUGAGGAGAGAACAGAGAAUUCAAAAUGGGGAAAUUGGUCUUCUUGUUCAACUACCUGUGGAAAAGGUACAAGGGAACGAGUGAAGGAAUGCGUGAAUGGAGAAGAGGAUGGAUAUAAGUGCGAAAAAAUCGAAGACAAAACUCAUAAGGUUGAAGAAUGUACCGAAUGGAAACCUUAUAAAAGAGAAAAGUGUCCUGAUCCAUGUGACCAAGAUUCCGAUGAGUAUAGCAAUAUUGAUGAUUUGAAAUAUUGUCCUGAGAGAGCCAAGUGCGAUGAUUUAAGCAGUGAAAAGGGACCCAAGAGGAAGUGCAAAUGUGUUAUGGGAUAUGAACUUAAUGCAAAAUACUGGCAAUGUCAAGAAAAACCCCCAGAAAAGCCUACUCCUCGCCCAAUUCCAACUUUAAGUCCUGUUGAGAAAACAGUAGCUGUAGUUGUAACAAAGACAGCGAGUACAGUUCUUUUAGUUAUGGUGUCUUUAACUUUGAUAAUUUUCAUUAUAAUGAGAGUUUUCACUGUUGAUAGAGUAAUUCAAAUGAAUAUGGAGAUAGCAUUGCUAAUUGCUCAUUUGUUCCUAAUGUUUCCAUAUGAAAUAUCUGAAGACAAUCCGGAUUUAUGCACAGUUGUGUCAGUGGCCCUUCAUUUCUUCUUCACUGCCUGUUUUAUGUUUAUGUUUCUGGAAUCUUUGCACGUUUACAGCAUGGUUGCAUUUGUAGUACCUAGAAAUGGCUUGUUAAAUCGAUUUCAAAACAUGCUUGUCGGUUGGGGUGUUUCUUUGCUAAUUGCGAUUGUUGGUGUGUGUUUUUUUCUCGAUACAUAUGGAGCUAAAUAUCAUUGUUGGACACAAAUGGAUAAACAUGUGGUGUAUUUAGUUCUUGGACCAGUAAUAUCAAUUUGCAUUAUGAACUUUAUUAUGUUGGAGGCAUCAGGGAACGCUAAUUAUAAGCCUCUGAAAAUUAUUGAUCACAGACAGUUGUUAACAUGCAAGAUACAUCAAAGAUCUAAUUUGAUUUUAAUGCCUUUGAUCUUGUCAUCGUUUGUGGUGGGACAAUUAUCGGAUUACGAGCAAAACUUAGGCCUCUACAGUGUCUUUUCAAUUCUAAAUACAAUAAUUGGAGUUUUGGUAUUCUUCUUCCAUACGUUGGGAAAUGAUGAGGUGCGACAGAAAGUUAAAGAUGUAUUUAAAUGCUGUUUGAAAGAAGCAAGAGCUCCAUAAAUUAUUUGGAAGAGAGAAUGCACAUUUUAUAUUGAUCUGAAAUUGUACAUUUUGUGGGGAUUUUACUUAAAUUUGUAAAUUUUGAGCACCUAGUUGAUUAGUAGCACUUAAAUCUUAAGAAAUAUUUUUCAAUUUGAAUAUAUGUUUCCUUAAAAAAA